AUGAAAGAACAAGCUUUUGAAAAUGAUCAACUUGGGUUUACUUUGGAGAGUCUCAACUUGAAAUCAAAAGCACCAGGCUAUGUAAAUUUUCGUCCGGCUACUGAAAUUGAUGAAAACGUUUUGUGGCAAAUCUUUGGCGGUAUUGUGCAAUCAAACUCUGAAUCCAUCAAAUCUACCGACACCUUUAAAGUGGAAUGCACUAGAAUUAACCUUCCUGUAGGUUCUGGAAGGGUAAGACCAGGGUUUUACAAUACGUUUGACGAGGAAUGCAAGGCAAGACGGGGAAUUGUUGUCAUUAAUAAUAAAGAUAAAUUGUGUCUUCCCCGUGCAAUUGUAGUGGCUAUGGCCAAUGUAACCAAAGACCCCCUUUACAACGCAGUAAGGAAAGAUGAUGGAAAAAGACAGACUGUUAGGGCUCAAGAACUUGUGUGUCGAGCUAGGGUUGAAAUGCCAGAAGGUGGAGCUGGCAUCCCAGAACUUGAAAAAUUUCAAGGGUUUUUGAGGGACUACAAAAUUGUUGUUUAUAACUAUGACAGGAAAGGACGUGAUGUCUACUUUGAGGGAAAUGUAGAGAACCCAAAGUUCAAAAUUAACUUGUUGUUUCACAAUGGACACUACAAUGUGAUUAAUUGCUUGACUGCUGCUUUUGUUUGUAAUUAUUUCUGUGAAGCCUGUCAUGUACCCUACGACCAUAAAAGAGAGCAUCGUUGCUCAAACAUUUGCCCACAGUGUCAAACUAUCUCACCUCCCUGUGUAGUGGAGAGUGGUGGUGUUCUGUGCCCUAAAUGUAACAUGACUUAUAAAAAUCAGAGAUGUUUUAUCGCGCAUCAAGCUGAUAGAUGUAAAAAUGUAAAGAAAUGUCUAGACUGUGGGAAAUUGGUUUGGAUUAGAGAUCGAUCUAAGCCUCAUAAAUGUGGUGAAGUAUAUUGCAAACCUUGCAGUUCAUUUGAAGAACCUAACCACAAAUGCUAUAUGAAACCAGACACAAGAAAGCCUAAAUCCAAAGACUUUUUGUUUAUUUUCUUUGACUUAGAAACCCGUCAAGACGAGUCCCUGCCCUCAGAUCCUGAGUCUAAAUUGCAUCAAGUGAACUUGUGUGUGUCACAACAGUUUUGCUAUCAGUGUAUUGAGGCUAAAUUUUGUAUGGCUUGUAAAAAUCGUACACGAGUGUUUAGUUCUGAACCAGUCACUCAGUUCAUGGACUAUGUGAUGCAAGUCCGUAGAAAUUUUAAAGAUGUCUGUGUCAUUGCACACAAUGGGCAGGGCUUUGAUUUCCAGUUUUUGCUCAAAUAUGUGCUGGAGGAUACAAAGUUUACUCCGAAACUUGUAAUGCGGGGAACUAAGGUCAUUUUGAUGGAGAUUGACAAUGUGAGGUUUGUUGAUUCACUUAGUUAUUUCCCCAUGCCUCUUGCUGCACUGCCCAAAGCCUUUGACUUGCCCCCGGAAAAGAAGAAAGGCUAUUUCCCCCACCUCUUCAACACCCUUAAGAAUCAAAAUUAUGUUGCAAACCACGUUACAUUUGACUUUAAAAAAGAAAUCCUAGAGUACUGUAUGUCGGACGUUGAUAUCUUGGCCCAAGCUUGCUUAAAGUUCCGUUCAAUUUUCCUGCAAGAGUGUAAUGUUGACCCGUUUCUUGAAGCUGUAACCAUUGCCAGUGCUUGUAACCUGGCCUUCCGUCGGAACUUUUUGAAGAAAAAUACUAUAGGCAUCGUUCCUAAAAACGGCUAUAGGCUUACAGACGCUCAGUCGGCUAUUGCGUUACAGUGGCUAUCGUGGGAAGAGGGCAAACGUGGAGUUAGAAUUGAACACGCUGGCCGUGGAAAAGAAGUUAAGAUCAAUGGAAUGAAAGUUGACGGGUUUGACGGUCAAAAUAUUUACGAAUUUCAAGGAUGCUACUUCCAUGGCUGCCCUAAAUGCUUUCCCUAUGACCGUGAACUUGCUUUGAAAGAGGACCCCUCUGACUCACUCCAUUUGCGAUAUGAACGGACUAAAUCUAAAAUAGCAAAGUUGGGUGAUAACGUUGUACAAAUGUGGGAAUGUGAGUUUAGAAAGUUAAAAAAGACAGAAAACCUGAAACACCUAGAAAAGUUGCCGAUCCUCAACAAUUUACCUCUGAAUCCGAGGCAAGCAUUUUUUGGGGGCCGAACCGGGAAUGCCAAAACCUAUCACAAAUGCGCCGAAGGGGAAACUAUUGAGUACGUGGAUGUAUGCUCUCUCUAUCCCUGGGUAUGUAAAUAUGGCAAGUACCCUGUAGGCCAUCCAACGAUCUAUGUAGGAGACAAAGAGUGUAGACAGAGAGGUCUCAAUGUUGAGGGUCUAUUAAAGUGUAAAGUACUUCCACCUCGUGAGCUCUAUCACCCCGUUCUCCCAGCCAAAAUGAAUGACAAGUUAAUGUUUGUUUUGUGCGCGACUUGUGGAGAUGGUCAGAUUCAAAGUGAUUGCGACCACGAAAGUGGUGACAGAGCACUUAUUGGGACCUGGACCAUGGACGAAGUUCGUAAAGCUGUAGAAAAGGGUUAUGUUGUGCUUGACAUGUAUGAACUUUGGGAGUAUAAGGUGGCCACAUAUGAAAAUGGGGGAUUGUUCACUGAUUUUAUAAAUAAAUUUUUAAAAAUGAAACAGGAAGCAUCUGGGUACCCGGGUUGGUGUGAAACAGACGAGGACAAAAACAAGUACAUUGACGACUAUUUUAAGAAAGAGGGUGUCCAACUAGAAAAAGACAAAAUUGUAAAAAAUGGUGGCUUAAGGUCGUUAGCUAAGCUUAUGUUGAACUCAUUUUGGGGAAAAUUUGGACAGCGUGAAAAUCAGACCAAAGCUACGAUUGUCAGGGACCCAAAAACACUUUUCAAAAUGUUAACUAGCCCGGAAAUUGAUGUAAAUAGAGUACAGAUUGUCAAUGAUGAGGUUCUUGUUGUCAGCUGGGAGUACAUUGAGGAGGUUGGGGAGCCAUUGCAAAAUGUUAAUGUCGUGGUGGCUGCUUACACUACUGCCCAAGCGAGAUUGAAGCUCUAUGAGCAUCUAGAUGCCUUGGGUGGUCAAGUGUUGUAUUAUGAUACUGAUUCUGUAUUCACGUCUAUACAACUGGACCAGAUUGAGAAGAUGUUCCUGUCUACAAUCCUUGAUCCCAUCCUUGAGAAGGUGGUAAGAGAAAUUUUGGGGAACGGAGACGGCAACUAG